AUGGCAGUAACACCACGCCAAGUUUCCUUUUUGGGACUAUCUACUUCCCCACAAAACCAAGUCCCAUCUCUCCUGGCAACGUCCGUGCUGCAGCCAACCCUGUUGGACGCCUCAGUGAGGGCAGCAGCGCCGGAAACGGCCUCGGCGACGCGGACGGAUGUCCCGGCUCCGGCCCCAUCUCUCCUGGCAACGUCCGUGCUGCAGCCAACCCUGUUGGACGCCUCAGUGAGGGCAGCAGCGCCGGAAACGGCCUCGGCGACGAGGACAGAGGUCCCGGCUCCGGCCCACGCGACAGCGUCAAAUCUGCAGCCAACUCCUGCAGUGGUGUCCUCUGAGCCUACAUCCACCGAGGUGAUGAAUGCGCUGCGAGAAAAAUUGUUGUUGGAAAAGGCUGACGCUUAUGUGCGUGGCAUGGAGCAGCAGAAGGAGGAACGCUUGGCCCAAGAAGAAGAGCGGCAAAUUUCGGAAAACUAUGCACGUAUAUUGGAGCUGUUUGUCCGCCUCCGUGAGGACGAUCACGAACUACUCGAGGCUAUAUAUGAAAACAUCGUACCCUCCGUGGAAAGCUCUCCGCCCGACCCGGCGUCUGUCGGGCAACGCCCUCCUCCACCUCUGCAAGAAGGGAUGCAGAACACAAUACCGUCGCAACCCAACUUGCCAUCGUUUCCGGCGGGAGUGAUGGCGGCCUACAAGGUGGGUACAGGAAGCACGGCGCCGUCGGUGCCGCAGCCGCAGCCGCAGCCGCAGCCCACGGUGCCAACGCAGGUGGAGCUACCUCCUCCACUUCCGCCGCCGCCGGUUGUCGUUACGGCGCCGCCAACUCCGCAGGCAUCAUCCGCCACGACCCUACCGGUCCCCCAGUUGCGACAAGAGCCGCUCGAAGCAGCAGCCACAUUGACAUCUACAGGAGUGCCAUGGGGAUCGGCAGACGGAACAAUGAAGGCGUGGGUGGACAAACACUUUGGAUCGUCUUUGGAUCCACAGCAUCGUGCGCUAUUGCAACAUGUCUUGCUUUCCAGAGAGGCGGAGGUAAGGCGGGUGGCCGCCGCAGAAGCCCAAUGUAAAAAGCUCGAGGCACAACGCUUGGAUGCAACAAACUCUGGUGUGCCGUUGGCUGCCGGAGAACCUGCAGGAGAAAGUUUGAAUCAAUGGAAACAGGAAAAAGAUAUAGAGUUAACAAGGGCACUCGGUCAAUUGUACGCAAGGGAAGAGGAACUUAUGGCGGUUCGAAAGGUGCAGGAAGAGCAGAAAGCAAAGUUGGAGGUACUAACGCGAUAUAUGCAAGCGCAUUCCGCCCCCUUGGGUGAUGUGGGUGCUCCUCGCGAGGAAACGGAAGAGUUGCGUCGAUGGAAAAUGCGCUGCGACGCUCUUGAGCAACAGCACAGAUUCAGUGUUCAACGCCUGGAGGAGCUACAGGCGUAUAUUGAACAGCUACGCAACGGUGCUCAGCAGGCAGUUAUGAAUGUCUUUUCCUCUGGGGCGACUGCCCGACCCGUGCCAUCCGACACAACAACGGUGCACCUGUCUUCCGUGAAUGCAUCGCGGCCAGCGAGCUAUUCGGAAACGGUUACACCGUACGGCAGUGCAUCUAUUUCUAAGCCUUUCACAGUUCCUAGUUAUUUGGCUCCGCCACGAAUGACUGGUGGUGUAUUCGCUGCUGCAGAGACACGUCGAGAAAGUCCAGCCGCAGGCACACUGAGUACACCUCAGCCUCGUUCUGAUACUGUUACUCAUUCCGCGGCUAGCAUAGAUCGGGCGGCGGCGUUGAAGCAGCUUCGUGAGGAGAUGGAUGUGGAGUGUAGUCGAUUUGCCAAUGAGACGCAACGCUGGCACGAGUAUGUCAAGCAUCAAGAAGAGCGAUGGUCACAGCUGCACCGCCGGUGA